AUGUACCACUGUGGAGCGGAGCUGACUUCACCAUCUUUGUAAUUAAGCUCUGUAUGUAGCUAGCUAGCUGACUGUAUUGUUAAUGAAUGGACGUCUGGUGAAAGUGACUUUGAUCACAUCAAUUUGGUCCUUUCUGAGUUAUUCUGGACAGAUCGGACAUUUUUGAAAGAUUUCGGUAGGGAAGGGGUCUAGUUGAACCCAGUGGCCAUCAUGUUUAAGGUGCAGGCGUCCCGUGCGGGCACCAUCCUACCUCGUAUACGGGAGGCAUGGCAAUUCAGGCAGCUACAGAAGACGGCCACUCCUUCCUGUGCGGUGCUAUCCACCAACAGUUUCCAUGGAAACAGAUACAGGUCUAACAUUGCACAGGAGCAGGCAACAGAGAAGAAAAAGAUUGAGAAACUGAUGGUUGCCAAUCGAGGUGAGAUAGCGAUUCGAGUAUUCCGAGCAUGUACGGAGUUAGGCAUCAGAACAGUGGCUAUCUACUCUGAGCAAGAUAAGGGUAACAUGCACAGGGGCAAGGCAGAUGAAGCAUACCUCAUUGGACAGGGAUUACCACCCGUAGCUGCAUACCUCUCUGUACCAGAAAUCAUACAAAUAGCCAAGGAACACAAAGUGGAUGCCAUUCAUCCUGGGUAUGGCUUCCUAUCUGAGAGAGCAGACUUUGCCAAGGCUUGCACAGAUGCAAACAUUAGGUUCAUUGGUCCUUCUCCUACAGUGGUACAUCAGAUGGGUGAUAAGGUGGAAGCCAGACAGAUCGCUAUAGCAGCAGGUGUGCCGGUGGUACCAGGAACUGAUGGACCAGUCACUACCACACAAGAAGUAGAAGUGUUCUGUGAACAACACGGCUUUCCAAUCAUCCUCAAAGCAGCAUAUGGAGGGGGAGGAAGAGGCAUGAGGGUCGUCCGCUCUAUGGAUGAAGUGCAAGAGAACUUUGAAAGAGCAUCGUCUGAAGCGUUAGCAGCAUUUGGCGAUGGAUCCAUGUUUAUUGAAAGAUAUAUUGAAGAACCCAGACAUAUUGAAGUGCAAGUAUUAGGUGACAAGUUUGGUAAUGUCAUCCAUCUUUAUGAGCGUGACUGCUCCGUGCAACGUCGACACCAGAAGCUGAUUGAGCUUGCCCCUGCCCCUAUGCUUGACCCUGUCUUGAGGAAUAAGAUGACAUCCGAUGCGGUCAAACUCUGUAAAUCAGUCAACUAUGAGAAUGCCGGGACAGUGGAAUUCCUUCUGGAUAAACAAGGCAAUCAUUACUUUAUAGAGGUCAAUGCAAGAUUACAGGUGGAACACACAGUCACAGAAGAAAUUACAGGGGUUGACCUUGUUCAGUCUCAGAUCAAGGUUGCUGAGGGUUAUAGUCUCCCGGAGCUUAAUCUCUCACAGGAUGACAUUCACAUACAAGGGAGUGCCAUGCAAUGUAGGAUCACUACAGAAGACCCUGCAAAGAACUUCCAACCUGAUACAGGCAGAAUUGAGGUAUUCCGGAGUGGAGAAGGAAUGGGUAUCCGUAUUGACAGUGCCCUAGCCUUUGCAGGUGCUAUUGUGUCUCCUCACUAUGACUCGUUACUAGUGAAGCUCAUCUCUCGAUCUAGAGACCAUGAAAGCUCCGUCAGGAAGAUGCUCAGAGCCUUGGCUGAGUUCAGGAUAAGAGGAGUCAAGACCAAUAUACCAUUUCUUGAGAAUGUGUUACGACACGAGGAGUUUGUAUCCGGUCAGGUGAAUACAUCGUUUAUUGAUGAGAACCCAUAUCUAACAAGAGAAUUCAAACCCAGUCAGAACAGAGCGCAGAAGCUACUCUACUACUUCAGUAAUCUACUCGUCAAUGGUCCUGCCACGCCCCUUGCUACCGGACUAAGGCCAGCUAACGUCACCCCGCCCAUCCCAGAAGUACCCUAUGGAGGAGCAAAUGGAAGCUAUCAUUCCAAUGACAAGGCCAUUCCUUUGGGUAAGAGAGAUAUCUUGCUACGGGAAGGACCUGAAGCGUUUGCUAAAGCAGUUCGGAACAACCCUGGUCUCAUGCUGACCGACACCACGUACAGGGAUGCACAUCAGUCGCUGCUUGCAACCCGUGUUAGGACCUAUGAUCUCAAGAACAUCUCACCGUUUGUAGCUCACAACUUCCAGAACUUGUUCAGUUUAGAAAACUGGGGAGGUGCUACAUUUGAUGUUGCUUUGCGCUUCCUGCAUGAAUGUCCUUGGGAGAGGCUGGAGACGCUUAGAGAAAUCAUCCCCAAUAUUCCGUUCCAAAUGCUUCUCAGAGGGGCUAACGCUGUGGGAUAUACUUCAUAUCCUGAUAAUGUAGUGUACAAGUUCUGUGAACAGGCUCAUAAGAGUGGAAUGGAUAUCUUCCGUGUGUUUGACUGUCUGAACUACCUGCCGAACCUGAUCCUUGGCAUGGAAGCCGCAGGAGCAUCAGGUGGUGUAGUGGAAGCUGCUAUCUCUUACAGUGGAGAUGUAUCAGAUCCAUCAAAGACUAAAUAUACCAUGGACUAUUAUACUGACCUAGCAACAGAGCUUGUGAAAGCAGGUACUCACAUCCUGUGCAUUAAGGACAUGGCUGGUCUACUGAAGCCGAGGGCUGCUACCAUUCUUGUGUCUGAGCUACGAGAUCGGUUCCCUGACAUGCCAAUCCACAUCCAUACUCAUGAUACCUCUGGUGCGGGCGUGGCUGCCAUGUUGGCCGCUGCAGAGGCAGGAGCGGAUGUUGUGGAUGUGGCGGCAGACUCUGUAUCAGGGAUGACAUCACAACCUAGCAUGGGAGCCAUUGUAGCAGCAUUAGAGAACACCGGCAUGGACACGGGUGUGGCGUUGGAAGAGGUCUUCAAAUACAGCUCAUACUGGGAGGUGACUCGUCAACUCUACGCUCCCUUUGAAUGCACAGUCACCAUGAAGAGUGGCAAUGCUGACAUCUAUCGUAAUGAGAUCCCAGGCGGACAGUACACCAAUCUUCAGUUUCAGGCUUUCAGUCUUGGUCUAGGAAGUCAGUUUGAUGAGGUGAAGAAGGCCUAUGUACAAGCCAAUCAACUCCUCGGGGACCUGAUCAAGGUGACACCAUCAUCUAAGGUAGUUGGAGACCUUGCUCAGUUCAUGGUUCAGAACAAACUCACCCCAGAGCAGAUUGAGGAGAAGGCUGAUGAACUCUCCUUCCCCAAGUCUGUAGUGGAGUUCCUGCAAGGCCAUAUUGGACAACCAUAUGGGGGAUUCCCCGAACCUCUCCGGUCAAAGGUUACAAAAGGACUAUCCAUUGUUGACGGCAGACCAGGUGAAUCUCUAGCACCUCUUGACUUUGAUGCUUUGAAGACUGAACUCGUGGCACAGCAUGGCAAAUGGAUACGAGACAGUGACGUCGUUAGCUCAGCCCUCUAUCCAAAGGUCUUUGAAGACUUUGCAAACUUUAAGAAGGAUUUUGGACCUGUGAACACGCUUGAUACCAAGAUAUUCUUGGUUGGGCCAAACAUUGCAGAGGAAUUCAAUGUUGAGAUUGAGAAAGGCAAGACGCUUCACAUCACACUCCUAGCCAUGGGUGACCUCAACAAAAAGACCGGAGAAAGGGAGGUCUUCUUUGAGCUCAAUGGUCAACUCAGAUCAGUUCUCAUCAAAGAUAAUGCUGCCAUGAAGGAAAUGCAUGUACAUCCAAAAGCCCAGAAGUCAGUGAAGGGUUCUGUAGGUGCCCCCAUGCCAGGCGAGGUCAUCGAUGUCCGUGUCCAGGUCGGUGACAAGGUUGAGAAGGGUGCACCAUUGGUUGUCUUGAGUGCCAUGAAGAUGGAGAUGGUGGUCAGUGCACCCAUGUCAGGAGUGGUCAAAUCUGUAUCGGUCAAGAAAGGGUCACCGGUGGAAGGAGCAGACCUUCUAGUGGACAUUGAGUAAUGACAGACACAUGAAAUGGAUCAUAGUGGUCAUAGUUUUCUUUCAAAUCUCCCAAUAGUAAUGGUGAUUGGUCAAAGUGAACCUUGCUUUGAGAACAGGAAGUGAUUGGGCUUGUACAGGAAGUACUUACACCUAACCCAGGAUGUUCAGACUAUAUUAACUGGUAUUGGUUAGAUUGUGUGGCAUUAUAAAUGAUUUACUACUCUGCAGUCUGUUAAACUGCGUUACAGAAAGAGUGUAAUGUACUUUGGUUUGUUUUGAACUACAUAAUAAUCAUGUUAAAGCUCUUGUAGUUUAUAUUAAGAGGAAACAAUCAAAGCUAAAUCAUGCACAGUACCAUCAUCGAACCCAAAAUAGCAUAAUUCUUUAUUCAUGUUUGAUAAACUGAAUGUAUUUUUUAAGCAGUAGUAUCAUAGAACAAGAACUCAUCAUGCCAAAUGGAUUGUAAUAAUUGAGUGUUUAUUUUGUGCACAAUUUUUUCAUAUGAUAUCAAUGUGUGAUGAAUAGUAAUGUACUUCGGAUGUGACAAUUAGGGGUCUGAAAAGAUUUGUCGGUCGAACAAUGUUUUGUCUCUCCUAAUUCUAAAUGAAAGGAUAUAUUUUACCUUGUUUGCUAUCCUGCAAGAAGUUGUCCUUUGUUUCUCAUACUAGUGUCUGGGCCAGUUUGUUAUGUCAUAUUGGUUCUCCAACAUUUGCUCCGGGCUUUGUUUUGUCACAUUCUGGAGGAAACAUGAAUCAGGAAAAUCAAUUUUUCUCAUACUACAAAUUACAAGACUUGAUAAGGUAAUGAUUAAUUUAAGUUAAGAAAUUGUUUAGUAUAGGAUAUUGAGCACAGAGGAAAGGUCAUCAGAGCAUACUUGUAUGUUGUACCAUUACACUUUAAAUACAUGGUCCAGGUUUAUUAUCUCAAGCAUGACAUUCAUUUGCAUUACAUUCAGUUCUUCAGGGCAAGUAUUUGUGCAUGUUCCAUUCCAUUUGAUUACAGUGUUGAUGAUUAGUUGUAGGUGUAUCAUCUGUGCUUAAUGCACAAUAACAUUCUUUCCAUAAACGAUUUGGUGUUGGGUGUAUAAAUAUAUGUCAAUCCUAAUAUUUGUAUACUUCUUGAAUGCAGUCAAUGUCAAUGCAUUGUAUCUUUUCAUUGAUGGUCAUUGUUCAUUUUAGGUGUAACUGAUUUGUUGUGUAACAAACACAUAGUUACAAUCUUACAUUGCAGGGUUAGGUGUGGGCUUGUCCAACCCAACACUCAAUUCAACAAAUAUGUGUAAUGAAAGUACAUAUCGAUAUCAGGGUUUUCUUUAUCAUGAAAGAUAAAAUUGUGAUUGAAUCAAUGUAAUUGAAGUACUAGAUAUAUUGUGUUAUCCUUUGAUGUUAGUGUAAGAUGGAAACCUUGGCUUAAGCUGGGUAUUUACGCUCGUUUAAACAGUCAAUGAAGAAUUGACCUUUUACCUGUCUUAUUGUCAUUAGCCCUAUAUGUUGUUAAAUCAUAUAGAUGCCUAAGCUAUUUGUACUUUAUAAUCCAUGCAUGCUUAUCUUUUACAGAUUGAAAAACAUUAGUAUUGUGUGUAUGUAUCAAUAACAUUGUAUGUAGACAGGUCCAAGCUAUUUUGUCCCAUAUGUUACUGGGCAUGUCAAAGAGUUCAGUACACCUGUAAAUAUGAUCAUUGUAUUCAUGGCUUCUAAGGUUUCGAUCAGACCAGAUCGGAAUUGAAAUAACAUAUUUGAUGCCACUUUAUCGUCAGAAUUACACACUAUUUGAAAACUUAUGGGAGAUGAAAUCAAAUGCCUUGGACUUGGCCAUUUAUAGUACAUGCUCUACUUGCAUACAUUGAAACAGAUGUUGCUAUGUCAGGCAUGCAAUGGGCAGUCAUACAUGAGAGCUACCCAAGUAAUCAAUGUGUGCAACAUCCAUGCAUUUCACUUAUUGUAAAAAAAGUACCCAUUGUAUUGCUUAUGGAAUGCAGAAACGUUUAGAAAAGAUGUUAUGCAAUAUGUAAGGUUUGUAGGUUGUUGAUAUCUUAUUUGUUUGGUGGAAUUGUGUGAUGAUUUGAAUUUAUUAUCAGUAUUGAUUUGGUAUGAACCUCGUUGCAUUGAUAAGUUGUGGGGGCUCUUUGUGUUGUGCAUUGUGGGCACUUUAUGAAACUACUUUUUUUUUUGUGAACCUUUUUUUACCUUCCAUGAAAAACUGUAGUACCAUUUAUGUGAGAUGAGAAUAGUUUAAAAAGUAAUCCUUGGAUUUUAAUAAUAAUAAUAAUAGCUAGUUCUUAUAUAGCGCUUUUCAGGACCGAAGGCCCUCUCAAAGCGCUUUACAGAUAGUUAUAUUAUUGCCCCGGUCAUAGGAUUCAGGCUUACCCGCACACAAUGUAUGCACAUUCUCCACUCCCUGGGGAGCAUUCUAGCCAGGCGUCUUUGUUUUGUAUUGUUUCAUUGCAUUAACCAUAGUAAUAGCAGUUAUGUACCUUCAUAGCAAUAUAUAGUGGUACAUGGUACUACCAUUUGCCAUUUAACAUCAAUUAUGUGGACCUACAUUGGUCUUGUGUUUAAAGGUAUUACAAAGUUUUGGGAAAUUUUGAAAAUUGGCUGGAUAGUCAUUCUUUACAACAUUGAUAUAUUUGGAUGCCCCUGUGGAUGUAUUGUAAGCGCUAGAAAAUUUAGCCCCUAAAACACUUCUGGUUUUGAAAAAAAAUGGAUUAAAAAAAAUUUACUGAUGCUCCGGGUAAAUCUUGAUGAAUCUAAAAUAGCGCCUACGGCCAUACAAUUUAAACAGUUUAUUAUUUACAAUUUCAUCACUUUAGACUCGAUUUCAACCACAACAACGAUCACCGAAUUAUUGUAGGAUCGCAUAUGCUUCCAAUAUGUUCAUUUGAACCAAAUUCAUGACCCCAUACCAAAACUUUGUAUUACCUUUAAUAUUGAUAUUUAGCCAUGAGGUAUACAGUGCAGGUUGCAUCAUGUUUUAAUGAGGGCUUGAUGCGCACAAAUUCAACUAUUUAUCUUUAUUUUGAUAACUGGAUUAUGGUGCUCAAUCUAUUGUGACUUACAAAUCAUUAACAAAUCUACUGAUGUACAUUUAUCUAAAGGAAGGCAGUGGCAAUGUGUGCUUACUUCAGUAUUACUCCAAGAUUGUUGUUAUAAUUAUGAAUCAUUGAAAUUGGUGUGUGACUACAUAUUAUGUAGGAAGGGAAAUACUUUGAUAUUGAUUGUAAUAUUAUUUUUCAGGAUUUUCUAUCUUUAUUCUUAAAUUAGAUAACUGUCAUUUGUUCCGACAUUCUUGUAAUUUCAAACUAAUCAAAUAGUUACAUGUGUGUGUUCAUGAUAACCUUGGAAAUGCAUUCUGAAUGAAAUGUUGAAGAUAUCAAACUAAUCUGUGAGACAGCUGUGGGCUAUUGAUACAAACCAUAAUACUUUCUUGGACAACCAGCUGAAAUGUUUGCUAAUCAUUAAUACACAUUUCAAUUGGAUGUCAAUGUAUGACAGUCCCUUUCAACAGGACACUGAUUAUUUUACUUUGCUAAGUCUCUCUAGGUUUUUUGACAUCUCUCUCAUUUCAAUAUUUUUUAUAAUUUUUGUACAAUUUUGUAGGUAGUCAGUUGGCUGAAGAGGUUCUAGUUGAAUGUAGUACUAUUUCAUUUGAAAUAUUUUCCCUUACUUGGACUGAACUGUACUCCAUGAUUAUUCUUGUGGGAUGUAGUUUGCCAUUCUAGAUUUUACUUAUGAUAACAAUAUUUGCAAUAUAUUUUAACGUUGUCAAUUCAAAUUCAGAGAAUAAAUAAGCAUUUUUAGUUUUCAAUUUGAAUGAUUUAAUAUAGCAUGGAAGUAUAUUAAAAGAAGACACAAGCUCCAGAGAUAUAUUGCAUAGCUAAUAGAAUUUUUUUUGUGUAAGACCUGUAAGGUGUAAGGUUGUGUGGUAGGUUUGAAUAGCAUUGAUAUAUUAAAUGAGGUGGAUAUAUUUAUGAUUGAGCAUUAUUUACUAGUAGAGCAGCCUAUAAUGAGUAAUAAAUGGAUAUAUUGUUUUUAGGGAUACUGCGAAAACAAAGAAGUAAACAAUAUUAAUUAUAUAUGAGAGUAUUCUAUCAAAAUGUACCAGUAUUAUGUCUUAUGAGAUAAUGAAUUAUGUCUUUUCCAGAUGAACAGUACCUACAGUUGAAGGAUAUUUCCAAGGGGUUUAUUUAAAAGAAGGGAUUUUGACAGUAUAACAUACUAUUUUAUCCAACUGCAUUGAGGGAUUUCAAGUUUGGUGUUGAAAGCUGGUGUUGGUGUUGUGCACCAACACCAGCCACAACACCGAACUUGAAAUCAGGCUGGUGUCGGGAUUGACCUUGGGAAAUAUGACGUAUUUUCUGUAGUCUGUGUUGAGGGCUGGUGUUGAAUGUCGCUGCUGAACCGAGUAGGGAGGUUGGUGUUGACGAUUUACGUGUUAUUUUCCCAUUCACCAACACCAGCCCCUUGGGAUUAAAAAAUUCAUGAUUUCGAGUUUGGUGUUGGUGUUGGCAUUGCAGUAUACCGCAGGUAACUAUGCA